GGAGAAGCUUUUGGCUUCGAACCAUUUCCUGGUAUAUUUCUUGGUCCAAAACCUGAAAAUGCCAUAUUACCAACCAAUAUUCAUAACCUUUUAGUUGAAUUCUAUAAUAAUUUAGCAAUAGGUUUUCAAUUUACUACUCCAGGAGAUAUUUUGGGAAUUGAUCAUAUAACU